CUUCACUUGAACGCAGCGGCAGUCAAGCUAACGUCCUGUUAGCUUUUCCCGUACUGUGGUGCUAUGAGUUGAGCAAUAUUUAAGUCAGCUGCUUGUGUCCUGUGUGUGCGCAGCGCUGGGAAUGCAGCCACCUCUGCCACCUGAGGCUGUCAGAGAGCUGGUGGGCUCCUGUCUGCGCAGAGACCCCGUGGCAGCCGACCUACGCUGCAGCCUGUUUGUGGCCGCGGCGCAGAGCUACAAGAGGGACUCUCUGCUCAGACCCUUCCCUCCUCGCUACACAAGUGGAGACACUAAGGACUUUGAGGAGCUGUUGGCAGACGUAAACUCCCUGCCUGGCGUCAGAGAUUUGGUGAGGUUACGGCCCAGCGAAGGAGAUCAUCAGCUGGCCCUCAUACACUGGAUCCUUUCCUCAAAGAGCUUUGCUGUCAAGACGCUCCUAAAGGAUGAGUAUGCCAAACUCAGUAAGCUGACGGAAAGUGAGGGGAUUUCUGCACCUGUGCCAGACUUCCUGUUUGAGCUGGAGUACUCUGACCACUUAAACAGCAAGUUUGAGAAGAUGAGAGAAGGACGAGACGUCUUCUAUGCAUUCCACGGGAGCCGUUUGGAGAACUUCCAUUCAAUCAUUCACAACGGCCUGCACUGUCACCUCAACAAGAACUCUGUAUUUGGAGAGGGGACCUACCUCACCAGUGACCUCAGCAUGGCCGUCCUCUACAGCCCCCACAGCAGCGGCUGGCGGGAAAGCGUCCUGGGUCCUCAGCUCAGCUGUGUUGCCCUGUGUGAAAUAAUUGAUCAUCCAGACGUUAAAUGCCAGGUGAAGAAAAAAGAUUCUGAUGCCAUAGACAGGCAGCGCUCACGAGCCAAGAACAGCGAAGGGGGCGACGUUCCACAGAAAUACUUUAUAGUCACCAACAAUCAGCUUUUACGAGUCAAGUAUCUGCUUGUCUACUCUCAGGGGAAACACCUGGCCAGGCAUUCCCGCAGCAGGUCGUGGCUUCUCAGACACCAUUUUGCCAUCAUGAUGAGUCUCUAUCUUCUGCUCCUCAUCUUCAUCGGUGCCUUGAACUCCACCGCGUUCGUGUCUUUCUGGAACAGACUGUUCAGGUGACGGGGCGGCAGGAGCCAGGACGACCCAGCCGAUCAUUAUCUGCAGUGCCUUUUUCUGAUCCGACACCGGGCUGCAGGCCUGAGCUGUGAUUAUGUUUUAUGCACCUUUAACUCUGUUCUUAAACUGAACAAAACCGCUCGUGUUUACUGUCAUGAAGGAUGAUAUAUCUUUUCAAGUAGCAGUUAUAGGAUGCGGUUCUGUAUUAAUCCUGUUGAGAUAAGACUGCUCUGUUAUUUUAAUAAACUCUACAAUGUUCCACCUGUAAG